AUGACGGCUCGGGUAGAUAUUCCAUCAGAUCUCACGGACGACGACAAAGCUUACUGCUUUCAAUUGCUCGACGCUAAUCUGAACUCCCAGAUUCUUUACGCGCUAUUGCACGGUGUAUACACUGGCGUUCUUGCUAUUACGUUGUGGAAUAUCUUCAUCAAUAACUGUUGGCGGACCCGACGUGCCUUGAUUAUUGUUAUCGUUCUCCUCUAUGCUUUGAUUACUAUCAAUGUUGCUGCCAGUUGGUCAGAUAUAUACUCCGCAUUCAUCGAAAACGGGCAAAGCUUUUGGACCGUAUAUUUGAGGUUAUAUGGUUGGGACGCAGCCUAUUGGGAGACGGGUAUUUCAGCCUUAAUAAGUACUAUUCUCGCAGACUUAUAUAUGAUUUGGUGCUGCUGGAUACUUUGGGGUCGGCGCCGGCUCACGGUUCUGCUUCCGAUACUUUGUCUAAUUUCCGCAGUUGUGUCAAGAAUCGUUUUUGAAAUAUUUCAAAAGUACAGCAAUGCACCCUCUGAAAUAUUCGUUACACUCUACAUAUCUUUCGGUCUGGCGACAACAAUAUGGUGCACCUUGCUCAUCAUUUACCGUAUUCUGACCGUUGUAGGGGUUAGGCGUGGAGCAGAGGGUCGACUGAGAGUUUAUCACCGUUUCAUUCAAGUCUUUGUGGAAUCCUCGGCGCUAUAUGCAAUAGCUCAGCUCCUUUAUUUGGCUUUCAGCAUUCGAAAUAAUAUGGGAACGUUUUACUUUGAUACCAUAGCUGCCAUCGCGAAAGGUGUUACACCCACACUCCUUGUUGGUAGGGCAGCGGCGGGACAUACGCAGCCCCACGAUGACUCUGGUGAAUCCACAGUGUCGACACUUCAUUUCCAGACAUAUUCGGAACCUGGCACGAUAAGCUUUCAGGAAUCCACCACAGAGCAUGAUCCGUGAAAUGGACCUUGAGGCUCGACCGGAGCACUCUGAUGAGAUUGUGGUUGUUGUUGAAAGACGCAAUGGCUCUUACGAUGAACUUGAACGAGUCGCCACUCGCGAGUGAGAUCUUGAGAGUCCGGUUGAGACUAUGGACUAAGUUUGGAUCGCCUUUUUCCGUCGUAUUAUUGUUUUCGGUUAUCAUGCUACAGCCUUUUAAUAUCUGUAAUCUCUCUUUCCCUUCGGGUCUUUAUGCUAUAUAUAGUCCCCAGAAAAAUAUGACGCAGUGCAUCAUCACGAUUAUUGGCGAGGAAAUCGAGAC